GUUCCCGUCCCGCACAAACCUCGGGUAGGGGAUAAAUUGCCACCCUUCAUUGCAAGUUACGAAUUACCAUAACCCAUUUUGGGUACCAUUGGAGAUACCCAUAGGGAUUUAACUUCAACAUUAACGUCUGAAAGGGCGGGAGGGGACAUGGUAGAAAAAUAUGGAGAGCUCACAAGGACCAAUCAGCCAACAAUAAUCGAUUCGGUGGCUCUGUGGCGGGAGAGAUUAACGGUGUAAGAAUGCUAGCCGGAAGAGAGAGCUUGGUCAGAUUGGUUGGUAAACGCAGGCGAUUCCUCCCUAAUGGUCACUCUCUAUCUACCCUAGUCCAGAGUAAUGAUGGAGAGGUUGUAUCCGUAGAGACUGUGGAAGGAUUAUCAGAAAAUAGUACUAAAGUGGAAGAUGAAGAUAGUGCGGUUGAGAUGGUCACUUCUGAUUGGGUCAUUUGUCCUGUUUGCGGUAACAGAGUUAGAGGAGAAGCCUACAACGUCAACUGUCAUUUGGAUUCAUGCCUAUCUAGAGGGACCAAGCGGAAAUUGACUCAGCGCACUCUUCUUCAGAUGAAAUUUUGCUCUGGAUCUGUAGCUCAUACAAGUUUCUGUGAAUCAGAACAGUUGGAAACCAAUGUGGAUUUGAUGGGUCUUGAUAACAACGAAGGAAAAACUGCUUUAUCUGGAUUUAUCUUCUCUAGUACCAUCGAAGGAAACUAUAGUAAUUGCGUCGUCAUACCAUCAAAUCCAGAGUCCUCUAUGGAAACUUGCAUGGAUGGUUCAACUGUGAACGGAAUCAAUAGUGAUGGGGUUGACAACAAGGUUGAAGCUUCGCUGGCCAUAAAUAAUGAGGUGCCUAAUUGUGACAUGGCUGUUUCUGUGAACAACUUAUCCGGGCUGGUAAUUGAAACUUUUAUAGUUGGCCGUCGGUUUAGUGAUGAAAAGGAGAUAAAUCUUGGGGCAGCCAUCUCUCUUUUAAGAGACCCUAAGAAUGUUAAGGAUCCCAAUGCUAUCAAGGUUAUUUCUGCAGAUGCUGGAUGCUCUAAAGUUCUUGGUUUUCUGCCUCGAGAUUUAGCUCAGCAUUUGUCUCCUUUGAUUGAUAAGUACUCCCUGAUAUUUGAGGGGUCUGUAACUUCUAUUCCAAAGCAUUCUUUAAAUGUUGUUCCCAUCCAGAUCGUUUGUUGCAAUAUGAAUUUGCAAAGUUCUAUGGAGUCUGGUGACAUUGAGGUUUUCACAUUUUUGUGGAAAAAUGUUCUUACUGUAGCUACCUCUGCAAAAAUUCAUCCUCCUGAUGUGACAAAAUAUCAGCAGAACUUUUGUUUGUUAUUGCAAGAGGUGUUGAGGAGUAACCCUCACCUUUUUACUGAUGAUGAGAAAGAAUACAUGGAAUCUUUCACUUCACUCCCAGUUGACAGUCAGAGGCUCUUUGUUCGGCUCUAUAUGAGGAAAGGGCCAUGGUUCCGAAUGUCAAAUAUUUUAUACCGAGAAGUUUUAAAUUCUCAAGAAGCAGUCAAGGCGCUUUGUGCAGCCGGUUACUUACGUCGCUUUGAAGACUCAUAUGGCAUGCAUGACAAUGAAAUGAAGGAGAUUUUAGAUUUAGUCACUUUGUCAGAGCUACGUGAAAUUAUGUGCAUGCUUAAAAAGAAUUGCAAGCAUGGUACAAGAAAGCAAGACCUUAUUGCGUCCCUUGUUUCUUUAUACAAAGAUGGGCUAUGCCUUUUGCUGCCCAAUUUAAUUCUGGACCGUACAGGAACUUGUAUCAAGAUAUCUUCGAAAGUAGAAUCUCUUCUCUGGCGCGCUGAGAGGCUUUUCUUCCUAAAUUCAGAGCAGGAUUUGUCGGCAUUUCUUUUAGUUGAUAUGGGCGUAGUUAAAUAUCCUACAUACAGGUGUAUAAUAUCGGAACCAAUUUUUACAGAUCGAGAGGAUCUGCUAGCUUAUGAAGAGGCCAUUGGAGUGGCACAGCUAAUGGAUCAAUCUCUUGAUGAUAAUGACAAGGAAUCAGUGUUAAGAUGUAUGAAGAUAGCUGACUCCCGUAUGUGCGGCUCUAGUACUAACUCAUUUCGGUCCACAGAAUCUGAACCUCUGGUUAUUUUUCUUUCAUGCUUCUCAGCAUCAUGGGUAUACUCCAAAGUGGUGCUGUUAGGAGUGUCCUUUCUUGAGCGUGAGCACAGGUACAAUGAUGCAAUAGUUCUCCUCAAGCGGCUGCUAAUAUGUUUCCCUCAUGAUGGGAGAAGAGGAUACUGGAGAAUGAGAUUAUCUAUUGACUUGGAGCAUAUGGGUUGUCCAAAUGAGAGCCUUUCUGUUGCUGAAGAUGGACUAGUGGAUCCAUGGGUGCGUGCUGGUUCAAAAGUGGCACUCCAAAGGAGGGUUCUUCGGCUUGCAAAACCACCAAGGCGCUGGAAAGUUCCUAGUUUUUCCCAGUCUGUCAAAAGGGAGAUAAGAGAGGUUCAUAUUCAAGGGAGACCAUUGAAUUGUGAAACUGGUAUGAAGAGCAGAUUCUAUGGAGAGGAUGGAGAGCAAUGUGGGGUGGAGCAACUUGCUCUGCAAUAUUAUGCUGGAGAAGGAGAGGGGUGGCAGGGUGUUCAUACAGAGAGUGGCAUUUGGUUGACAAUAUUUGGGCUUCUCAUGUGGAACAUUUUAUUUUCUGAUGCUCCAAAUGUCUUCCGCACUAGAUUUCAGACUGCUCCCUUGGAUUUGGAAACUGAUAGCUUUUACGAGGUGAGAAAAGACAUUAUAGAAUCCCACUUACAGAAGAUUCAAGAUGGAAUGGCCGAGGAAAUCUUAAUCACAUCAUGGGAAUUGUAUUUAGGAACCGCAUGUAGGGGAGUCAACUGGGAGCGGAAUUCUCUCUCUGAACUUCGUGCUGUUGUUACAUGCUCUGGGGGCCCUUUUUUGGCCUCACUUUGUCGAUAUCUUGCUCAAGAUUAUAGAAGCUGGUCUAGUGGAAUGCCAGAUUUGGUUCUGUGGCGCUUCCAUGGAGAAUACAUGGGUCAGAUGAAACUUGUUGAAGUGAAAGGCCCUCGAGAUCGUCUCUCUGAGCAGCAGAGAGCAUGGCUAUUGCUGUUAAUGGAAAUUGGAUUCAAUACAGAAAUUUGUAAAGUAAGCCCUUUGCAGGUGUCAAGUUGAAGCCAUAUCCCGUCGGUAGAAUGCGGAGAUAUGUCUACUGAUGAGUCCCAUUGAUUGGCAGACAAUUGGUCAUGAUUUGGCCUUCCAUCAGUUCUUCCAGGCAAUGCCACUGUAGUUAGUCAUGAUGUGCUCUUAAAGAGAGAAUUUUUUUUCUGGAAUCCAUGGAUGACCUCUCUGACGUUAUUUUCAUGAAUCUGUUUAGCAAUUCAGUAGCCACAGCAGUUAGUCAGCUAAGGAAUCACUUAGACAUCUAUAUUCCCCUCCAAAUUGUUCCACACUUGCUCAUAUUUAUUUAGAGACACAAAUAAACUCACUUUUAUUGAUACAAA